AUUCACUGGAGACCGCAGAACAGUUGAAGGAGAAGCGAAUUUUGCGUGUCUUGAUGAAUGAUUUCCCUCAGUACCUUGCUGUGGUCAGUCGUCUGCGUCAGGAGAUCGCACUAAUUGGUUCAGACGGUGGCGUUCUUAGCUCCACUGUUGUGCCCCAAGUUCAGGCCGUCUUUCCUGAGGGUGCACUUCAAAAACGGAUUCGUGUUGGUCUGCAGAUUUGUCCCGAUCCCACUGCCUUAUCCAACAAAUAG